GCCCGCGGGGAUCUGCGCGGCGGCGGAGGCGGGGACCUCUGGCCUCAGUCAAGCCUGUACCACCGCACGCCCAGAUACUUCUUUCUGAGUCAUGACGGAUGCCAAGUAUGUCCUCUGCCGAUGGGGGAAGCGACUGUGGCCUGCGAAGGUUUUGGCCAGAACCGAGACUUCAGCAAAAAACAAGAGAAAGAAGGAAUUCUUCCUAGAUGUUCAGAUACUCUCGCUGAAGGAAAAGUUAAGUGUGCUUGUUUUUGUUUGUUUCCCAAUACUGUCUUUCCCCUUCUGUCUGAGGUCUCUGAUACUCUUCUCACAGAAGAAAGAAGCCUGCUUCUGCUGGGCUUAGGAGUUCUCUGCUUCCGUGUCUCCACGCUGAGAAUCUUAUGGGGAGGACAAUAGAUUUUAUUUGGCACACAUUUCAGGUUGGAGGUCUUAGUCUAUGAGGUGCAAGGGAGCUGCAGGAAGCGGGGAUAGAUAGGAAUUAUUCCCAGGGAUCUAUCCUGGGGUCUCCGCUCCCACCAAGGACUUGGUUCUGAUCCACUUGUGCCAGACCCACUGUUCCACGAAGAAAAAAGAUUUUUUUCGUACUGGAAAGGCAGAUGGGCGGCAGGACUCUGUUAACAGUCUUGCACCUGGUGACCCUUAAUGGGUCACCAGCAAGGACGAUGUGGGUGUAGGCCUGUGGUGCCGUCCUUCCUUCUGAAGAGUCCACCAGCCGCUUGUCUCCUGGGUCCCUCCUGGCCCGCUCCUUCCUGCCACUGUCUUCAGAGCCCUCCACCAGGAGAGUCCCCAGCUUCCCGCUCUCCCUGCGGCAGGGAAGGUAAUUGAAUACUUGAGUUUAAAAGGAAAGCAAGUCCUUUAAACUAAAACGCGCCUGCUGGGCUGUAAACAGCUCUUGGUGACAUUAGCGGCUACUCGGAAAACCUAACAAAGGAGUUAUUUGUGCAGUUGAAAGUCGGAUUUGCCUCAUGAAAGUCCCAAUUUGAAUUUAUUUUUACUCUUAACUCCAGCCGACCUUUUCUUUCUUAAAAGAGGGGCAAAAAUGGAAAAGAGACGGGGCAUACCCACCCUGGUAGGCUGUCCCUGUUCCCUUGGCAGCGUCUGUCCCUGUCCUUCCUUCAUGGUGACUUUGGGUAUGAGUGGAAGGUUGAGAGGGACAUCUGGACAGUUGGGUUGCAGGCUGCGGUGCUGACCGCUCAUUGUUGUCGUAGGAUCCAGGUUAAGAGCUCAGCCGUGGAGGCCCUGCAGAAGUCGCACAUUGAGAACAUUGCUGCCUUCCUGGCCUCUCAGAAUGAAGUCCCGGCUACUCCCCUGGAGGAGCUGACUUACCGACGCUCCCUGCGAGUGGCCCUGGAUGUCUUGAAUGAGAGGACCAGUUUGAGUCCUGAAAGUCAUCCUAUAGAAGAUGGGACUACACUGUCUCAGAAGGAGGAAACAGAUGCAGAUGUGGCCUCGCAGGUCUCCAGUGCUCCUUCUCCAUCUCUCCUCGGUGAAGAUGGUCAAGCUGUGGUAACCCAGUGCGCAUCCAAGAGGCGGUCGGAGUGCAGUCCAAAAAGCCUGUUGCCGUCGUCUGCAUUUGAAGAUCAUCUCAGGUGCCAAGUGUGCCCCAAGACAGGCCUCUCAGAGAGUGGAGUUGGAGACGGGUCUCAGGGUGAUUCUGGGUUACAGCUGGACCAUGGGCAGGAGAGCACAACCAAAAAGAGGCAGAGGAAUUUGGGAGAGAAACCUACCCGGCGCCGAAGAUCAGAGGCUGGCCUUUCCAAGGGAGAAAGUGUCUUAAAAAGCCAGGGACAGGCAACCAGCUGUGUGGCCCUGGCUUCACCUAGGCUGCCCUCCCAAACCAGGGACGAGGAGUCCUGUGCCGGGGUCAAAGGCUGUGACUGGGUCAAGUCAUCAGGCAACAUCAGGCCACUCACGGCCUCUGAGAGAAGCAGAGGAUGCCCCACAAAGAGACCACGCUUUGAUGGCGGCCAGAACCCACCCACCAGGCAGCAGGGGACUAGAACUGUGGGGGCAGCGCCCUGCCCCAGGAGCUGUUCUGGGGAGGCCACGAUGUUGUGCAGUGCUGGAGAGCGUGACAAACCAGAGGAAGAUCCUGUGUCCUCAGAAGAAUCCACAGGGUUCAAGUCCACACACUCCCUGCUGGAGGAGGAGGAGGAGGAAGAAGAGGAACCACCUCGGAUCCUUCUGUAUCACGAACCACGAUCAUUUGAAGUAGGAAUGCUGGUCUGGCUUAAAUACCAAAAAUACCCAUUCUGGCCAGCUGUGGUCAAGAGUGUCCGGCGAAGAGACAAGAAGGCCAGUGUGCUCUUCAUUGAGGGCAACAUGAACCCCAAGGGCCGAGGAAUCACCGUGUCGCUGCGACGGCUCAAGCACUUUGACUGCAAGGAAAAGCACGCACUGCUGGACAGAGCCAAGGAGGACUUUGCCCAGGCCAUUGGCUGGUGUGUUUCACUUAUCACUGACUACCGUGUGCGGCUGGGCUGCGGCUCCUUUGCUGGGUCUUUCUUGGAAUACUACGCUGCUGAUAUCAGCUACCCUGUGCGCAAGUCUAUCCAACAGGACGUCCUGGGGACCAGGUUUCCUCAGCUGGGCAAGGGGGACCCUGAGGAGCCUGUAGGGGACAGCCAGCUGGGACAGUGGCGGCCAUGCAGGAAGGUGCUGCCUGACCGCUCCAGGGCUGCACGGGAUAGAGCCAACCAGAAGCUGGUGGAGUACAUCGUGAAGGCCAAGGGUGCAGAGAGCCACCUGCGGGCUAUCUUGCACAGCCGCAAGCCCUCACGCUGGCUGAAGACGUUCCUGAGCUCCAGUCAGUGCGUAACUUGCAUGGAGACAUACCUGGAGGACGAGGCACAGCUGGAUGAGGUGGUGGAGUACCUGCAGGGCGUCUGCCGAGACAUGGACGGACAGGUGCCCGAGCGCGGCAGUGGAGACCGCAUUCGCUUCAUCCUGGAUGUGCUGCUGCCCGAGGCAAUCAUCUGUGCCAUUUCUGCGGUGGAGGCGGUGGAUUACAAGACAGCCGAGCAGAAGUACAUCCGUGGCCCCACACUUAGCUACCGGGAAAAGGAAAUCUUUGACAAUGAACUUCUGGAGGAGAGGAACCGUCGCCGUCGCUGAUGCCGCAGUCUGCACCUGGCUGGCCAGCACUGGGUGUGACCUGCCAGAAGCCUCCACCAGAAUGUGCUAGAAGCAAGAGGCCUAGGAGUGUGAGGACUUUGACCUGUGCAUGGGUUCUACGUCUUCAGCCUAAGUCUGGGAGAUCAGAUGCCAUCAGAUGCCUGCUGCCAUCUCUGAACAGCUGCUUUCUGGAAGUUUCUGUGUGUAUGUGUGUGUAUACAUGUGUAUGUCUGGUUUUUUUUAUUUUAAUUAUUAUUUUGUUUAUAAACGCGUUUGAAUGCAUAUGUGUCAUAGUCAUUGCACAGUGUGGCUGGCAUGUGCGCUCUAUGUCCCAUGUUGCUUGGUGUGCCUGCCCUACAGACAUUUCUGGAAAGACUGACCUGAACACGUGACUCCCAGAGCAUUGACAUGUUGCCCUGGCA